AUGGACGCCGUGCCCAUUUCCGGCCUGCCAGAGCUCCAGGCGCACUUGCACGCGCUCGUCGGCGACGCUGCGCUCCCCAUCCAAGCCCAGCUCCUCGACCAAGUCGAGCUCCAGCUCACAGAGACCAACAUCCCCCCGCUGCUCACAACCCUGCUGCCGCCCCUCACCCAGAUCCUCAAGGCCACGUCCCAGGACCCCACGCCCCUGCUGUCCCUCACCGUCAAGCUGCUCACGCCGCUCUCCUUUGCGCAGACGCUGGCCAUCGCCGAUGCGCCCUCUUUGCUGACGGCUCUGCGCUCGCCCCUGCCCGGCGCCAACCUGCUUGCCUUGGCCGUCGUCCACAAGGCCGCCGCCGCCCCGGCCGACGCUGCCAUCCUGAGUACCUUGCCCGAGGUUGUCGAGGAGCUGGUCCGGCGCUGGCUUGAGAGCCCCGACGUCGGCGUGGGCGAGCGUGCCGCAAAGGUGCUGGGCGAUGUGCUGGAGACGGACUGCGACGUGGUCGGCAGCAAUGGCGUGAGCAGCGUUGCCGGCAACGAGCUGGUCAAGCGCAGCGUACCCGGCCACGCUCGCCUCUGGCGUCUUAUUCUCCAAACCAGGCCCCAUCUCUCCCUCAUCCAGAGCUCCUGCACUCCCAAUCACCACCCAUCUCGAUCGACGCACGCCGUCACCAUCUCUCAAGGCCGCGUCCUGCGCUUGCUCCCCCGUCUCGCCGCGCUCAACAUCCGUGUCCUGAGCCAGUCGGCCUUCCCAGAUCUGUUCCCGCUCCCCGACGCCACGGCCCAGCGUGUCGGCCGAGGCCUUCUCCAAUGGGCUGCCCUUGGAAUGGUGACCAAGUCGGACGUGCUCAUGCACUUGAGCCUCAUCGACUUCUUCGAGGCCUUUGUCAGCGUCAUGCGCGUGGCCGACCACUCGACAGAGAGACACGACCUGGUCAAGAGCCUUGUCAGGACGGCGGUCCGUGAUGACCCGGACCUGCACACCGCUCUGAGGUCGUUGCCGGAUCGGACGGUGGAAGAGGAGGCUGAAGCGUUGAGGAGAUAUGUCGCCGACGUCUUGGGCUAG